ACGUCCAAACCACAAACCCAAACCCUAAUCGACGAAACGACGCCGCACUCUCAUUUCUCAUCCAAGCCAGUAAAAUCGCAGGCAGAGGACACGGAAUCGAACCGCUCGUUCUUCAUCUCGUCCUUUCCCCAAAUUAGACGUCUCCCUUCAAAUUUCAUUCCAAAUCCGUUGUGAAUUAGUUCAAUUCGUAAAUUACUCUGCUGGCAAGGCCUUACCCGAUAAGGAUUUCAAAUUUCAUCAGAAAUUCCCCCUCGAUUUCCCCUCAAAUCUGUUCGCUGAUUGAGGGGACGUUUUUUUAGCAAGGAAUUCUACUCGGAAAAAUCCUUAAAUCUCUCUGGAAAUAUUGGAAUUCAAAAGCUUUCUUUUCCGGCGAAGCUCAGCCGCUCGCGGUGGUGGAAUCGCUGCAAGGUUGCUUCUCCGAAAGAGCUAUUGUUGGAGAAGAUUAUUUCUCAUGGAAAUAACUCUUGAAGAACUUUUCACACAACAUGAUUAAGCAAAAAGAACUGAAAUGUUGUCCCAAAAAUCAUGGCGAUAUUGUGCAAAGUAGUGUUCAAUUGAUUGGUGAUAUGGUUGAUGCUGUAGAUAAGUCAUGUCACAGUAGGGAUGGCGGAGUUUCUCGUUCUCCAAAGAGAAGUAUUACUGGAGUUGAGGAACAUGCAGAUUUUGAGCCACAUGAUGGGAUCGAAUUUGAGUCCCAUGAGGCUGCAUAUGCAUUUUACCAAGAGUAUGCCAAGUCCAUGGGAUUCACAACCUCGAUUAAGAACAGCCGUCGCUCCAAGAAAUCAAAAGAAUUUAUCGAUGCUAAAUUUGCAUGUUCUAGAUAUGGCACAACUCCAGAAUCAGAUACUGGCAGUAGUAGACGUCCUAGUGUCAAAAAGACCGAUUGCAAAGCGAGCAUGCAUGUUAAGAGAAAGCGAGAUGGAAAAUGGUAUAUCCAUGAGUUUAUAAAGGACCAUAAUCAUGAGCUUUUACCAGCCUUGGCUUAUCAUUUCCGAAUUCACAGGAAUGUUAAACUUGCAGAGAAAAAUAACAUAGAUAUUCUUCAUGCUGUUAGUGAACGAACAAGAAAGAUGUAUGUUGAGAUGUCUAGACAAUGUGGUGGAAGUCCAGAAGUUGGCUUGCUGACUAAUGAUUUAAAUUACCAGUUUGACAAAGGCCGGUGCUUGUCAUUAGAAGAGGGAGAUGCUCAAGUUAUGCUCGAGUAUUUCAUGCAUAUCCAGAAAGAAAAUCCAUAUUUCUUUUAUGCAAUUGAUCUCAAUGAAGAUCAACGCUUAAGGAACUUGUUCUGGAUUGAUGCCAAAAGUAGGAAAGACUAUGUCAGCUUUAGUGAUGUGGUUUUCUUUGAUACUAGCUAUAUGAAAAGCAAUGAGAAGAUGCCGUUUGCUUUUUUAAUUGGGGUAAACCAUCAUUGUCAACCUAUGUUGCUUGGAUGUGCACUUUUAGUAGAUGAGACCAAACCCACAUUUGUGUGGUUAAUGAAGACGUGGCUUAGAGCAGUGGGUGGGCAGGCUCCAAAAGUGAUAAUUACUGAUCAAGAUAAGUCACUCAAAUCAGCUCUUGAAGAAGUUUUCCCAUGUUCAAGUCACUGCUUUGCGCUUUGGCAUGUGCUUGAAAGAAUUACGGAAAUACUUGCUCAUGUCAUAAAGCAGCAUGAGAAUUUCAUGCAAAAAUUCAGCAAGUGUAUAUUUAAGUCGGUAAGUGAUGAACAAUUUGAUUUAAGAUGGUGGAAGAUGGUUAGCAGAUUUGAAUUGCAAGAGAAUGAAUGGAUUCAUACACUGUAUGAGGACCGCAAAAAAUGGAUUCCAGCUUACAUGAGAGGCAGCUUUAUGGCUGGAAUGUCGUCAGCUCAACGGUCGGAGAGUAUAAGCUCUUUCUUUGACAAGUACAUUCAUAAGAAAAUCAGUCUCAAAGAGUUUAUGAGACAAUAUGGAAUGAUUCUGCAAAAUCGAUAUGAAGAGGAAGCAGUAGCAGACUUUGAUACAUUGCACAAACAACCAGCUUUAAAAUCACCUUCGCCUUGGGAAAAGCAGAUGUCAACAAUUUAUACACAUGCAAUCUUUAAGAAAUUUCAAGUUGAAGUAUUGGGUGUAGUUGGGUGUCAUCCAAAGAAGGAAGCUGAAAAUGGGGAAAAUGUAACUUUUAGAGUUGAUGACUGCGAGAAAGAAGAAAAUUAUAUGGUCACGUGGAAUGAGGCAAGAUCAGAUGUUUCUUGUUCGUGCCUUCUAUUUGAAUACAAAGGUUUCCUCUGUAGGCAUGCAAUGAUUGUUCUUCAGAUGUGUGGUCUUUCAAGCAUCCCAUCCCAAUAUAUUUUGAAGAGGUGGACCAAAAAUGCGAAGAAUAUACAGUUAAUGUUUGAGGGGACAGAAGGAAUUCAAACCAGGGUACAAAGAUACAAUGAUCUAUGUAGAAGGGCAAUUGAACUGGGUGAGGAGGGUUCUUUAUCUGAGGAGAGCUACGGCAUUGCCUUUCGUGCCCUAGAUGAAGCUCUAAAGAACUGUGUGAAUGUUAACAAUAGAACUUCUGCAUUAACAGAAUGUUGCAGCAGUGCUGUUGGACUUCGUGAUCUUGAAGAAGAUACUCAAGGGAUUCAUGCUACCAAAACAAGUAGGAAGAAAAAUACAAAUAAGAAACGGAAGGUGCACUCUGAACCAGAAGCUGCAAUAGUUGAAGCUCAAGACAGCUUGCAACAAAUGGAUAAUCUUACUGUGGGUGGAAUGACGCUGAAUGGCUAUUAUGGUACACAUCAGAAUGUGCAGGGACUGAUACAGUUAAAUUUGAUGGAACCUCCCCAUGAUGGCUAUUAUGUUAACCAACAGAAUAUGCAGGGAUUGAGACAACUCAAUACAAUUGCACCUGGCCAUGAUGGUUUUUUUGGGUCUCAACAAAGCAUUCCAGGACUAGGGCAUUUGGAUUUUAGGCAGCCGAGUUUCACAUAUGGUUUGCAGGAUGAGCCUAGUCUAAGAGCUGCUCAGCUGCAUGGAAACAAUGCUAGACAUGCAUGAUUAUGAUUGCUCAUCAAUUUUUUGUUUAUGGAUAUCCAAGUGUUUCCUGUUUCUAGAUUAGUUUGACGUCACUGAAUUACUCUGGGAAAAUAUUUGCUGCAUGAGGAGAUUUCUUUGGUACUGCCAAAUAAAUUUGGAUUUCUGAACUGAUAUAAGUUCACUUGUGUAUCAUAGAAGUUGACAUUAAAGGCUGAAAGUGCACCAAGUUCCAAUUUUGAUGUCCAUAUUUUGUAGCUGGAGUUUAGGAUACUGCUGUACCUUUGCUCACAUGAUUAGAAUUCACUAAAAGAAAUAUGACAUAUAGUGACAACUUCUUGUGGUGACCUUCUAAGUUGCCACUUAAGGUAAGGGCUUUUGUGGCGGGGUAAGAAGUUGUCACAGAAAAUAAAGGAUUUAGUGGCGACUAAGAUAGGCAUGCCUAAAAAGGGAUGAUUUAGUAGCGACUGUGUUUUGGUCGCCACAAAUUGGUAUCCGGAUUCUAAAUCCGCCUAACAAUAAAAUUUUGCUGAAAUGUAUUAGUGGCAACUUUCUAGAAGUCGCGCUUCAAAUAAUAAUUCUUUGGUGGCGCCAUUAAGUAGUCGCCAAAGAAGUUGAAUUUAUUUAAUUUUAAAAUAAAAAUAAUAUAUAUAUAUAUAUAUAUAUAUAUAUAAUCCAAUAAAAACUUAAACAACCGACUCCAGUCCCAACACUGUAUCCCAACUCCAGACGACCAAAGCUCAUCUAUUCUCCUCACGUUCUUUUCUUAGAAAUUGAUUUGGAAAGUUGAAAAGAAAUAGUUGUGAUUUUCUCACGUUUUGUGCAAUUAAAUCAACUGAAUAAACUGAUUCUGUCAAUAUCAGCUUCUCCCAAUUUUUUAUUUCUAGGGUUUUGUUUUUUCUCGCAUAAGUUGUUGCGCCAAAGGUGCUAAGCUAGGAUCAUCUCUUUAUAUUUCUAGAGUUUCGUGGUUUCACCAUUUUUACACCUUUGCUGAUCUUUUUGGGCCUUCUCUUCGGGAGUUUUCUAAUUCCGGGGUUGAACCCAUCUCUACGGAGUGCUAAACCCAUCUCUUGAAGAUUUGCCGUUUUCUUCGGCUUUGAGGGUUGCUUUGCAUUGAUAACAACUGGAACGAUAUGGAGAAAAGUUUUGAGGGUUCCCCCUCUGUUCAACCGAGUUUCUAUCUAGUUUGUGAAUUUAAGUCUUGGAAAGAAGAUGUGAAUGGAAGACUCGACUGUAGUGUUCUAUCCUGUGCCUGGAAGGCGCCAAGGGGGCCUUGACUGGGUUCCUUGCCAGCACAGCUCAUCCUUCUCGGUGUUCCUCUACUCCUUUUGGAUUAUAUGGAGGAACAGAUGGUCUCCGCCAAUGUCUAUGAAGUUCUUACACAAUGUCAUUACAGACAACCGAGGAGCCCGAAGGCACUUAGUAUUUUUUUUUCCAUAUGUAUAUUAGAUAAAAUGACAAUGAAGGAUGAAGUAUUGUGUAUAAUAUAUUUAGUUGACUUUAUAACAAUGAAUGAAAACAUUCAAUUUGAGAAAUGUUUUUGGCA